UAUCCUGAGACAAUAAUCAGAGGCCUAUCUACAUCUGUCUUCUAUUCAAGCUUCCGAACAUCCUCCUCCAUUCUCAACCUCGAGAAUUUUCAUGUAAUGACAUGGUGAAUCCCUUCCUUCCCUCUGCUCUGAGUAUCAAUGGCGUUCACUCCUGUCGGGAUAGCAUUGAGGACUCAACUCACUUUUCGUCGCCCUCUUGUUUUCUGCGUCCGAAAGGUGCGAUACAGCGGUUCUCUUGCAGCGGUUGAUUUGGUUGCUGAGCCAGUGUCUAAACACGAAGGAGAAGUAUUUGGGAGGGAUAACAAGGGACACGAAUGGAAGAAGUUGAAUUCUGAAGUACUAGGGAUUGAAACAUGGAUGAUAUCGAAGCCUACGCGGGUGGUAUUGAACGGGCUAAGGAAAAAAGGAUAUGAGGUCUACCUUGUUGGAGGUUGUGUGCGAGAUCUUAUACUGAAGAGAACUCCAAAAGACUUUGAUAUCAUUACGUCUGCUGAACUUAAGGAGGUACGGAAAACAUUUAUGCGAUGCGAGAUUGUUGGGAAACGAUUUCCCAUAUGCCACGUUCAUGUCAAUGAUACCAUUGUGGAGGUUUCAAGUUUCAGCACCUCUGUUGGUAAGUCCAGUUGGAAGUUGGGUAAUAAUUUCAGUAAACCUUCCGGCUGCAAGGGGCGUGACUAUAUUCGCUGGAGGAAUUGCAUACAGCGAGACUUUACUAUUAAUGGGUUGAUGCUUGAUCCAUAUGCACAAGUAGUGUAUGACUAUAUGGGAGGGAUGGAAGAUAUCAAAAAAUUUAAAGUGCGUACUGUGAUACCUGCAAAUGUUUCUUUUGUGGAGGACUGUGCUCGCAUUUUACGUGCAGUCAGAAUUGCAGCUCGUUUAGGAUUUCGUUUCACCAAAGACACAGCUCUUUCUGUAAGAGAAUUAGCUUGCUCGGUGUUAAAACUUGAUAAGGGGAGGAUCCUCUUGGAAAUGAAUUAUAUGCUGGCUUUUGGGUCUGCAGAAGCUUCCUUGAGGUUAUUGUGGAGAUUUGGACUUUUAGAGAUACUUCUGCCCAUCCAAGCAUCUUAUUUUGCUUCCCAAGGGUUUCGGAGGCGUGAUGGGAGAUCUAACAUGCUUCUAUCUUUGUUUUCCAAUCUCGAUAAACUUGUGGCACCUAAUCGGCCAUGCCAUUGUAGCUUAUGGAUUGCUAUCUUAGCAUUUCAUAAAGCUCUGGUUGACCGACCUCGUGAUCCUAUGGUUGUUGCUGCAUUCGGCCUUGCUGUCCACAGUGGUGGAUCUUUGUCUGAAGCUGUAGAAAUUGCUAGGGGGAUCUCCCAACCAUAUUUCCCAAGCUUUGAUGAAUUAUUAGAACCUCGAGAUAUAGACUUCAAUGAUGCAAUAAUGGAUGAUGUUAUUGAUCUUUCAGUGUCUGUCAAAGCUGCAUUAUGCAAGAUGACAGAUCAAUUUUACGUUUCCCAAGCAAUGGCCAAGUACCCAGAAGCACCAUACUCAGAUAUGGUUUUUAUCCCAUGGGCAUUGUCUCUGAGGGUAUCCAAGAUUUUUGAAUGCGCUGGAAGAGGAAUGGAAAGAGGAUGUGUCCCCAAAAGGGGGAAACAAAUUGACUAUGAGUCUUUGGCAUCAGGGAGCUUGAAGGAGGUUCGACAUUUGUUUGCUAGGAUUGUUUUUGACACUAUUUAUCCUCCUCACCAAAACAGAGACAAGCACAUUGCUACCUGAAAAUUCUUCGUAGUCAAAUAGUAUAUAAUGGGAGCAAUAACCGGUUAUAAGAACCGAGUUUUGAGCCACUCCAUGCCAUGCUGUUUCUUUCUGGGUGCAUGUGUUUCUUUGCCUUAAAAGUCAAUAUUACAAGGUAAGGCAAACGGGGAACUGUCGUUUGUGCUGGAUCCAUGAUUUUGUGACUGCAAUGCAUAAAUACAGUGUGGGAACUGGGAAGAACUGGAUUGUACUCGAAGUUUGAAGUGUUUAAUAAUGGAUGUUGUGCAAUGGGCAGGACAGAUCAAAUCAGCUGGCAUCUAAGGGAUUUCCAAGAUCGAUGAAGGAGUAUUGGCUUGUUACUAUUCUCUAGACGUGCAAAUCUUAAUCAGUUGAUGCCUUUUUACUUGGAAAAAGAUGCAAACGAGUGGUAUCAAGGUUACGAAUGACUAUUAAACAUGAGCUGGGGCUUGAAAUUUUGAAUUGAGCCGUGUAUUACGAUUACACCCUCGACCACAAGUAGUUCAGGUGCUCUUACCUUAUCGUGUUUUGUUUAGGAAUAGGUUAUCUUGAAGAAAGUUCAUGCUUUUGUGGGAUU